AUGAAUAGCAGCUCUUUUUUGCUAAAAUGUUUUGCUGAAGGAAACCAAGAUGCAGUACUGAAAUCCGUUAACUGCUUAAAUGAGAAACAGCUCUGCAACUUGAUUGAUGGACAUCAUCCACAGACAUGUGAACUUAUGCAAGUUAUUCUUAAAGCUCUAAUAACUGAUAAGAAUGAAGGAUUCCAAAAACAUGACUUUGUAGUAAAACAUUGUGUAUCGUUGAUCAAUGAAGGACAGAUGCCACAGAAGGUACUUGCUGGAAUGGUUAGUUACCUAUUGGUACAGAGUCUUGCUUUAAUUUCUGAGCCCUUCCGAAUAUUCCUGCUAUUCAAAUCAGAUAUUUGCACUGCAAUGAGUGGACCUCAAUAUAAAGCUUACAUAUUGAAUAAAUUAUGCUCUAGCAGAUGGCAUGCCAGCUGCAUAGUAUCUAUGGCAUCGAUGUUUCGAGGUAUUGAUAUGAGUGAAGAAGAACUACGUGUGGUAGUGGAGAAGAUGAUACUGACGUUACCUAGCAUUGAUAUUUUGGAAUUGCCUCCCUUGGUAUAUCAGUUGCUUUUAAUGUCAAAUCAGGGCUUCAAGAGGACUAUUUUAGCUGGUAUCAUCUCAUAUAUGACAAGCUUAAACUUACAAAUCCGAAAAGAACAGGAAGCAUCAAACGAAAUUGUGGCUAUUUCUGAUAAACAAUUACAACCGUUAGAAGGGACUGUAAUUUUACACAUGACCUACGCAAUUAAGCAAGACCAAGAUCUUGGAAAAGAGCUUAUAAAAUAUUUUAAGGAAAAUUCAAAUACUUCAUCGUCAUUCCGUUUAGCUUUAUCCCUAGCCGUUGCCCGUAUAAGUCGCUUUCACGAUUUGAUUUUUGAUAUUUUGAAAUCAAGUAUCAUCAAAGCCUACAAAGAUAACGAACGUUUUAAUUCGUGUCGAUGGUUAAGAGAUUCUUCACGUACACCUCUGACGAUUGAAAAAGCAACGCUCAAAGUGAUCGAAAAUAGUUCGCUUGGAUGGGAUCAAGUCACUCAGGGAAUGUUAGAACUUGGAUUCAUUCUUGUUGAUGGUUUUUUAGUUAAAAUACAGCCAGCACAAUUGCAAGUCUCCCGGUUAGGAACUACUAUUAUACUAAAAUGCUUUAAGGUUCAUGACGCGAUGAGGGAAGAAAUAUUAGAACAAAUUAUAAAUCGGAUAAUUUCCAAAGGAAUAGCUACAGUUACAAAUUAUAUUGGUAGAUCAAUUGAAGCUCGUAAAAUAGCUGCAUUUGGUAUGACUGUUCUACUGAAAGCGUAUAAGGUACAUAUUCACAGCCAGACCGGUAGCAAGCUCAAUCAUAAGUGGGUAAAAUCAGAAAUUUUAAGACAUUUGCAGCGUUGCUUGUCACAUCAGGCGUCUGUUAAAGAGAUAUUGUAUAAAGGUUUUUAUCAGACUGUUUCUAUCGCUACAGAGCUACAAAAACUCGUUUACAAUAUUCUGAUGAAGCAAGACAAAGAGGCUGACUUUUCUCCAGUUACAGCUGCAGGAUGUAGAAAUCUAAUUCUUUGUAAAUUGAUUGCCAAUCUUUAUGAGGUUUUAAUUGAGUUUAUGUUAAGAAAAAACGAUUUUGCCAUAGGCGAUUGCGAAGACGCCACACGAUUAUUUGAGAGAUAUUCUCGGAUAACUCAGAUUUUACGAGAAAACGGAAACAAUCCUCACGUACGUUCAGUAAAAUCUAAAUAUAGAUUGGAAACCAUGAUAUCAUUUAGUUGCGUUUCGACGUUAAUUCGGAUUAUAUUUGGGUUGGAAGUUGUAGCGCUGAUCAUAUGGAGAUAUUUCAAUAUUGCCAAACAGUCGGGAGGUAUCUUGGAUGAACAAAUUAACAAUCAAGAUGAGAUGAUUUACGCCCUGGUGGCCUUUUUUCAAAAAUUAAUAAAUUCAGCCCUCACUGCCGGUGCUGAAUUUAAGCAGGCACACAUCGCAAUGACCAUCAUUCUAUCCCUAUUGCAGCAUCUUGGUGAAUCAGGGCUCAAACAACUAUUAACUGUAUCAAUAGACAUUCACGGACAACUCGGCGAUGUUGAAGAAGUCAUACUGUCAUCUCAAUUGGAAGCUGCAAUGGAAAACAUUGAUUGGCUAGUUUCCAAUCUGAAUGCAUUGAUCUUCGAUGAUGAUAUCGGUGAGGCGGAGUUCUCAAGGACUUAUAGUGAGAUGGAAGCGACCGUAUGCUCAAGGUUAACUAUGGUAGCGCAAUGUUUGCAGGAAAUCAUAGAAUCAGCUAUUCCGACAAAGACAUGCACUGAAUGUUCCGUUAAAGGUGUGACGCGAUUGUAUACCAGUAUGACCUUCCUUGUCAAGCAUUAUAUGCAGUUAUUUAUGCGAAGACGUGUCACUGUCUCUGAAAGAUUCGAAAAUUUGGUAAAACUGUCUGGAUUGCAAGUAACACCUAAGGCAGUACGAGAAUCACGUGUUAUUCCGAAUUUAAUUUAUGCUAUUGAAAUGUACGAAGCUCAUCUCAUUCGUUUGGAGGCGAAAUUGCAAGUAAACCUGAUGCAAUAUUUCAAGCGGAGUACAUCUCGCGACUUUAAAAUUCAUGGAGCUACCUUACAGACUAUAAUCGACGAUGAUAGUGACGACUCAUAUGAAGUUCCAAUGGAAUAUAAUUAUAUAAUUCAGCAAUUAUCCUUCAAUUACUUCAUGUUUGUAACGGCUUUGGAUAUUUACUUAUAA